AUGUACGGGUUCCAUAAAGUGAGCGAUGUCUUUCAUACUGGCAACCCCGAGACCGCCCUCUGGGAAUUUAAGCAUGGCAACGGCAACUUCAAGCGAGGUGACUUGGUUGGUCUGCGAGAGAUUAAGCGACGCGCAUCGAAGCACGCUCUCGUUCAUCGCGAAUUCAAUAGCCAGAAGCCCAGUCCCUUGCAGCCAGGUGCUCCCGCCGAACCUAUGCCAAUGACACCGGAUGGCAACGACCCGAGGCUCGUUGGAAUGGAACACAGCCUCUACGAUAUGGGAAUCAGGUUGCAGAGGAGCGAGGAGCAGGUAAAUGCCAUGCACAUGAAGCAUCAGGCUGUCAGUGAAGUGCUAGGCAAGGUGAUGCAGCUCAACCAAGAACUGUCAAGGGCUCUCCUUGCGCUUGUGCCCAGCCCUGACCACCCUGUUCACCGAGAUGUUGUUGCCCUCCAAGGUGAAUUUCAGAGACAAUCCGAUGUGCUGCGGGCUAUCGACGAACCUCACGAGCACUUCCCAAACAGCCGACAACAGUAUUUCUCCAAUAUCGAAAAUGCGCCAAUUUCGCCGCGCCAACUGGCCCAAGAUGAUCCGCGACGAAGCACCCUUGCCGUCCCCCAUCGCAAUAAUUUCUAUCGCCCGCCUGUCUCCUCUAAUCUGUCCGUCAGCGUCACACCCCGCCGUGCCUUCGGUUCAUUUAGUUCAAGUACUGCUCAGACAUCACCCAGCUCUCUCCGUGGGCCACCUCCUCCGCCACCGGCGCCCCACCCCCUCUCGAACGUUGAGCCUGCUCCAAGCCACCUGACCCGACGACACACCUCCGCUGACAUUCGGGCCCACGGCUGGCAGGGCCAGCCUAACCACAGCCCCUACCCCGCCGCGCCAGGUGGACCUCCUCCACCACCAGUUGGCCAAUGGCCUCCUUCGCCGAACCGUCUCGCGCCUGAGGACCAGCGUAUCCGAGAGUCAUUCUCGAACUACUCUCUUUCUGCGGCGUCCCAACAGCCCCGUCCACAUUCACGACCAACUACGCCGCCGCCUCCAUUUGCCAACGGUAUAUCUGGAUCAGACACCUUUGGAAGCUGGUCCUUCAACUCAGCGGGCGGUCGUGAGAACAAGAACCUGGCGGUCAGGGAUAGCUCCGGACCCCCUACGCGGCGUGGGAGCAUGGCUCAUAUUCUCAACCCGGCGGAUACGGCCGAGAGGGAAGACGAAGACGAGGAUCCACGAGGAGACGAUGACCGGAAAAGGAAGCGCAUGCAGUAA